AACCAGCACAACCACGCCAUGGAAUCCACGAUUGGCCUCCGUUUUUCCACCCUUCCCAAUCAGUACUCCAUUUGCAUGCCUUCAGGUUUCCAUGCUGCAAGAGCCACCAAACCCCAUUUAAGCUUCAGCCAUUCUUCUCUUUCACUCCCCCAGAGUUCAAGAAACCGCCCAAUUGAGCACAUCCGUGGUCCUAUAACUUGCAUGUUGGAUGGUUCACUGCCUCCUACAUACUAUAGAGUUGAUAAAGGAAGGGCAAGUAUGGCUUCGGCUUCUCCUUUUCUUCACAACAUCGGUUCUGGAAGGUGGACGAACCACAAAGGCAAUGCAGCUCAGAUAGACGGGCAUUCCUUGGCAGGAGUACCAUUGCCAGGGACGACAAGUAUUGAUCAUUAUAUUGAGCUUAUGGAAGUGGCAAAGAAGCUAAAGGAAUCUCGGCAGUAUGAUUUGGCAGUGGAAAUACUGGAGCUUAACGAACCCAAAGUCAGUGAAGACCCGGAAGCUGCUUACCAAGUGCAAAUGGAAAUAAUGCACAUUCUCUACCUUCAGGAAAAAUUCACAGAAGCCAUGGUAUAUGCUGAAAAGUUAUAUGAGAACAAAGCAAUUUAUGCCAAGCGAUUCCAAUUUGAAUUGUUUUAUGCUACAAAGCUUCUGGAAAUAGCAAAGAAGCUAAAGGAAUCUCAGCAUUAUGAUCUAGCAGUGAAGCUACUGAAGGUGCAUGACCCCGAAGUUGAGAAUUACCCAGAUGCUUCUUACUCCGUCAAAAUGGAAAUAAUGCACAUGCUCUUCCUUCAGGAAAAGUAUGAAGAAGCCUGGACUUAUUGUGAUGCACUCUCUAAGAAUGAAGUCAUUUACCUUCCUCAAUUCAAGUCGGGAUUGUUUUAUGCUUUGAAGUCAGGUAUAUUGUGCGGGUUGAAUCAACAUCAGGAAGCAAUUAAAUUCAUGCAUAAAUUCAAUCAAAACCGAAGCGAAGGAUUUCCAUUGGUCACACCCGAUAAGGAUGAAUCCACCAAAAAGUUUGGAAGUUGAAGAUGGAAAGAAGAGAAAAUAAAAGUAUAGUUUUAAUGCUUAUAGUUAUAUUUAUUGAUAAGAAAUGUCCUAUGGGAGAUACUGAUAGAAGUAAGGCAUUCACUACCAUGAUAUUUCAAAUUUUCUGAAGCCUUUUGAGGUAUGUAGGACAACUAUGUUCUUUCAUGUGUAUGUGCGCGCCUGCCACAUGUCUGUUUGGCUGUUUCAGCUUUGAGGCCAAUAAUUUUCAUCAAAUAACUGAAGCUAGUUUCCAAGAGUUCCAUAGGUUUCAUUUUAUUAUGUAUGUUUUAUAUCAUUGUUCCAAAAUUCUAGUUUUAA